UUAAAAACCAGGCAGGCGCAGCGUCCCAGGCAGGGCGAGGCAGUUGCUCUCCCGGUUUGGCAAGUUUCCCGGAGGAUGACCGAAGAGGAGCCUCUGCCGGCGCUUACUCCAAUGCGCUUCAGCAACUAGGAGUGGGAACCGCCGAGGACGGGAGGAGCAGCCGUUCGGCUCAUCAGCGCAACCAGCAGCGUUUCCGAAGCCGGAGCUGAAGGCGAGGAAUGGCAACCCAACGCAACAACGCAGACUGGAUGGGCUCUCUGCCGCCCGUCCUCUGCGCCCUGCCGCUUUCCAGGCUGGCCAUACCAGGUUCUCAUGACUCCUUCAGCUACUGGGUGGAUGACAGCUCUCCUGUGGGACCAGAUCAAGCCAUAGCAAUUCGGCGGUUAGCUAAAAUUCCUUUGGUAAAAAAGCUAAUGAAGAAAUGGUCAGUAACCCAAAAUCUGACAUUCAAGGAACAGCUUGACAGUGGAAUACGCUAUUUUGAUCUCCGUGUAUCAUCCAAACCAGGUGAAGCAGGACAGGAAAUCUACUUUAUACAUGGCUUGUUUGGAGCCACAGUAUGUGAUGGACUUGUGGAGAUAAACAACUUCUUAACCCAUCAUCCUAAAGAAGUAAUUUUCCUGGAUUUCAAUCAUUUCUAUGCUAUGGAUAGCAAUCAUCAUACGUACCUUAUCAGCAAGAUUGAAGAAAUAUUUGGAUCAAAACUCUGCACAAAAGAAUGUGUAGAAAAUGUGACACUGCAAAAUCUUUGGGAAAAGCAACAGCAGGUUCUUGUUUUCUACCAUCAUCCUAUAUGUGAAAUAUACCCUGUUCUGUGGACAGGAAAUAAAAUGCCAGCUCCCUGGGCAAACACAACUAAUGUGCAUAAACUACUGCAGUUCUUAGAGACCACCCUGAAUGAGCGAGCAAAACAUGGAACUUUCCAUGUUUCCCAAGCUAUUCUCACACCAAGAGUGAACACUGUUGCACGACACCUCAGCCAGGGCCUGAAAAACGCUCUUGUUCACAGAAAUCUUCCUUUCAUUUUGAACUGGGUGAAGUUGCAGAAACCAGGAAUCAUGGGAGUUAACAUCAUUACUUCAGAUUUCGUGGAACAGGUAGACUUUGCAGCUACCAUCAUUGGAUUAAAUAAUCUCCUGUUAGAAGUAUGAAGACAAAAUGCUUACGUUGACCUCAAUACAUAGAUCUAAACUUGCAGGAUAGUACGUCCUUCUCUGCUGCGCAUAGGAACAUUCGGCCUGCCUCUGUGGAAAUACAGGAUGUGAUGCUGGCUGACCAACUGGAGCUCAGCUGUACAACACAUGGAAAUUAUUAGCAGAGGCCUCGUCAUGGACUUGAGUAUGUACAUCCUGCAUCUCAUGAAACCCGGAACUGUGGCUCAAAGGAUAAUAAUAAAUUAUAAGCUCGAAUUCAUCAGGUUAGCCAACAGUUUACCUCUCUAGAUACCUCAGGCAGAAAUAUGUGCUGCACUUGUUUCAUUACUACUGUAUUGUGUGUAUUCUGUUACCUCGGUCAUUCUUUAGGGAAAUAUCAUUUCUAUUGUUUGCUGUGAUCUUUGAUAAACACAGUAAUAUGUGUGAAUUUUUAGAGUUAAUUAUGUGUUUAGACCUCCAUUUUUUACUUGAACUUGCAUUUUAAUUCAUUAUUUUGGAGAACCCGAACUGGGUACAAAGAAGAAUUAUUUUAAAUGCAACACUAUUUAUUUUGUGGAUUUUUUUUUUAAGUCCUAGAUUUAGAAUCACUUCUGAGAAGUAAGAGGCUAAUACCACCUAACCCUCAUCCCAUUCUGGCAUAAUUCACUUCUAACAUGUUGGAAUUUGCACAGAAGAAUGUAAAUAGGAAAUGGCACUCCAGGGUACAAAGUAUCUGCCAUUUUGUAGAAUUUAUUAAUGCAAUAAUUUUCAAAUUGUAAAACAAUAUUUAUGUGUUUAUUUUUUUGUAAAAAGCAAAAUAUACCUUCCUAUUUAAUCCAUUCUGGGCAAUUGAUGGUAAUAAAAGUUGCUGGCAUGCCAUGCAAAGUUAUUAUUGCUGCAGUUUCAUAUGCAUUUUUCCCCUGAGAAUAAAUCCUACUAAACUAAGUAGAACAUGUCAAAAUAGAUAUUCUAGAGACUAUAGCCUACACUGAAAGUUUACUACUACACCGUUGUUUAAUUUAGUCUCCUUCAGUUAAGCCUCCUUUAGAGAAGGCAAUCUGUAAAUAGGAACCCACCAAAUCUGUAUCUUGAUCAUGGUAAGCAAAAGCAACUUAAUCUAUUGUGUAGUACCAAUCAAAAUGCAAGAAAGGCAGGCAGUUCUGAGUGCCAAGACUGGGCCAGAAGAAGAAUCAAUGGCAACUUUCCAAUAUUUGCCAGGAGUGCUAUUUCCACUUUUGUGCUAUUUUAAUUGAAAGAUUGUUGGAGGAGAAUUUAUAGCUAUUUUCCUAAGUACCUGUUUGGAAAUUUCUCAUAAUACAUUCAUAGUAGUUUGUGUUGUUAACUUGCACUGAAUGUUUUAAUGAGACUUUAGUAAAGAAAAGAUUCGAUACAAGUUUGCUUCAAGUUUCCAACAAACAAAUGUUCUUCAGAAACCACAGUUGCAUAUCGGAUGUUCUGAGUAUUCUGUCUAUUUCAGGGGCCAUUUCAGCCACUGCAAUGAUGAACAGAAAAUGAAGGCACUAUUAUAUGUCAUCCUACAAGACCGACUUACUUAGUUCUAUAAACUUCUUUUAUUCAUUUAUUUAUUCAUUAUUUAUUUAUUAAACGGAUAGGUGGCAUGAACACUAGGCAAUUUACAAUUUUGAAAAACAAUCAAAAGCAUACAAUAUAUAGUUGAAAGGAAGUCUGGAGUAGAACAAUUAAUUAAACAAGUAAAAGUGUCUGCCAGGGGACUGCCUGGAGAUAAAGCCAGGUUUUAAGGACUUGCCCAGGAAGAAAAGAAUUCUAGUGGUUUCAGAAAAGGACUUAGAGAUUGAAGCCUUCUUUUAAGGAACAUUUAUUAUCACAUGGGGGAGAGAUUUUUCACUAUAAAGCUCAGAAUUGUUUGCAUCAUCAGCAUCCUCAUCCAAAUCGGUACCACUAUAGACUCUAACUCAGGGAUGGACCAUGCUGGCUCAGGAAUUCUGGGAGUUGAAGUCCACGGUUCAUAAAGUUACUAUAGUUGUACCCCUGUUCUAACUUAUACUAUUCAUGGCCUAAUUCAGAAUUUGACAAGUUUCCUUUUUUUAAAUUUGAGGUAUAUAUUUAUAAUAAUAUGUUGAGAUGAAAUCAUUUUCAUAAGCCAUUGUCUAUGAAAAUCACUUGAUGUUUCAUUAUUGAUGAUUAAAUAUUGAUUAAAAUUUAAUCCAAAGUAAAUCAGUAUUAAUAUUUAAGUAAGCUGCUGUAUUAAGCAGGUUCUUUUGGCAAUUGUUGAUUUUAUACCUGGAAAGGGAUACAGAUGAACAAGGCCAGUAUUGUCAGGAUUUUGUAUGCAUUUUCCAUCGUUAAUUUAUUUUUAUGUUAAUUAUUUAUAGUGUAUUCCAAAUCAUUACAUUCAGAUUCUAGUAGAGUAUAGGACUUUCUUAGGAAGGGCACUGGAAAGCUGUUGGGUUGCACCUGCUUUUGUGAAGUAUUUUGCAGUUCAGUGCUUGCCUUUAUGAACUUUAUUCAUGAUUUACAGACAUUUGGCCUGUUUUGGCAUGAUUAGCUCCAUCAUGAUCCAAAAGUCUCAUAAAAUGCUAGGUUAUUACAUAGCAGGAACUGCUUUAACAAAACAAUUACUGAGGUCACAUAACAGUGUGGUAGAUUUGUUCACAACCUUGCUGCAAAUAUACCUGUCUUUCACAACAAAUAUAUUUUUUCUUGAUUUUUUUAAGAUUGUUUUUUGUUGUGUUGGUAAUAUGAUUUUUUUUGUUAGGAAUAGAUGGGAUUUCUUCUUUGUAUGGGGAUUUCUUUUAUUUAUUGUAAACUGCCCGGCUUGUCUGAAGCAGGUUACAUGCAGAUUUUUGUAUAAAUAAACAUGGUGGGCUAUAAAUUAUUCUGCACAAUUUCAUCUAAUGUAACACAUGGUCCAAACUCAACCCUUAAGUAUUCUCUACAUACUUCUCUACAGCAAACCAUUUCAGGGGAACACAAGUGUUGGACUCUGACCAUUGAGGAAGUAUGUAAAUACUGUCCUAUGUUUUAGAAUUUCAACCUCACUCAUUCACACAUUCAUGAGGCUAGACAUUAUUAGCCUUCUUCAGGUGGCCUUCCUGUCCAUUAAUCAAUUUAUUUCUCUGAAAUCUGUAGAAUACAAAAUUAUAUCUUUCUUAUACUAGGUGCUUCAUAAUUCCUGUUUUUCAUUUAUGCAAUUUCUGUUAUUUUACCUGAAGUGACUGUUAAUAGCAGUGUGUUUCUUUCCCUACUUAAAGUUCAGGUCUCUCCAAUAAUAAUUAUGCCAUGUAAAAUAGCCAAUUUUAUGUAACAGUUGGAUUUUUUGGUAAUUUUUUUCUUAUCUUUAUUAUUAUAAUACAUAUUUUUAAAUAUUGUAUGAUUCUCCCAGUGGUCAAGAAACAGCGAACUAAUCUUCAGAAAUAUUUGUGUUUAUUAAAGAGGAUAAAUAGAAAUUAAAAACAGCUUGUCUUUUUUUGAUUCCAAUUUUGCACUCUAAAUCACAGUUAGUACUGAUAUUUUGGUUUAUAUUAAUAAAAGUGACAGAAGUAUGGUUGCAAAUUAAUAAAAUAUUAGAAUAUUAUGUAUAUUUUCUUUAAAUAGUGUAUCUGUUAUCUCAUGUGAAAUCUGAAAGAACUUACUUUUGAUUUUGACUUUGAUUUUAAUUCCUAACAACUUCUUGUUUAGAAUGCCAGUUUUAUUAUUAUAUGUUUAUUGCAAUUCUUUUGAGUGUUGUAGAGUGAGAAUAUCUUAUUUUAUUUGUGCUCAUAACAUCUACAGUAUUUUCUGUCUUUCACAUUUAUUUCAUGCUUUGUUUUAAAUCCUGAAAAGUCUAGAUGUAAUUGUGCAAUCUGGAUGAACAGGAUAGAGUUAUUGUAUGCACAAUAAAAGUUUUUUUGACAUGUAGUA